GUCGGAUGGAGAGGACUGGACGCUGAAGACCGGCUGCUGGAGGUUCUGCUGGAGCGGGGGUCCUCAGGAGGGUCACGCCGAGGAGCUCAACCAGGACAGGCCCACAGAACCCAGUGUUCCUGCUCCAUGAAGACUCUGAGGACAGAUGUCAAAGUGACCCCAGACCUUAUUUAGACGACAGUUCCUCACCUCUGGUCCAGCCAAUGAAAGAAGACCACACUACGAACUGGAGAGCUCUGGAGGUUCAGGGACAGUGGGAGUCCACCCUGGGACAGCGUCCAUGGCCCUCAACCCUCUGGAAGGUCUUAUGUCGGUCGCGGCCAACCACCAGCUGGUCUCCGGACCCGUGAUGGAUCCGGGUCCACGGCGGCCCCCUGCAGCCUGCGGCCCGGCGUCCCCCCACGGACACAGGAAGUCCAGGAAGUGGGUCCAGUCUGUGUGUGAGUCCAGGUCCAGGUCCAGCUCCAUCUCUGGUAGUGAGUCUGUGGUCCAGUCCAGGACUCUGAGGAAUCAGCACUCGCCUGAAAACGCAGCGCGAGAACGAAGCCGUGUACGCAACCUGAGACAGGCCUUCCACAGUCUGCAGGCGGCUCUGCCCUCUGUCCCUCCUGACACUAAACUGUCUAAACUGGACGUUCUGGUUCUGGCCACCGACUACAUCGCCUACCUGACGGAGACUCUGGACCAGGAGGGGGCGCUGGCUGAACACACCCUGACCUCCAGACCGGGUGGAUACCUGCAUCCUGUUAAGAAAUGGCCGAUGCGUUCGCUGCUCUACUGUGGCAGCAUGGGGGAGCUGUUAUCAGGGGUCCCAGCCAAUCAAACGCCUCGACCUGGACAUGAUGGGACACACCCACUGACCCCCACCUUAGACGCCAACAAAGAGGGACCGUAGACUUGGACCUUAUUUCCAACCCGGUUACACACAAAAGGAGCCACAACAAAACAUUUCCCUUCAAAGCUAAGCUAAGCUAAGCUAAGCUAAGCUAAGCUAAGCUAAUCUGUUAGCAUCUGUGAGCAGAGACUAAAUCCAUUCUUUCAACUUGUGGUUUAUCUUAAUCUAAAGGUCAGAUCUGACAGGAAUCUGCAGCUGCAAGGACAGCAGGCAUUUUGAACUGGGGAUAAAUUUAGUAAACGUGUCCUGUAGUAAAUAAAGAACAUAUAAUUCUGGAGACAGUCUGAAGCUGGAAAGGAUUUAAAAAAGAACUGUUGUGUUGAAUUACAUGAAUGUCGGACACACAAGUACAGACACAGCGAGUACAGAAGACGUUCCCAUCUGUUCAGAACCACUCCAUCACUGUGAGAAUUACACAGCAAGAUGUCAGGAGUGGCUUUAAUACUGAGGACAUGAAAAGGCUGUGCUUCACCAGACGAGUUCCACCUUAAAUCAGCUCAUGCAGGAACAGUGUGGACCUGUGUGGGGUUUAAAGCCGGUCCAGUUCAGCUGUGUCUGCUUCCAGUCUGACCCUCAUGCAUACUGGACACUGCAGUGGACACUUCUUCUCCAGCUGUUCUCUUGUACAUUCAUGGGUUUUGUUGUUUUAGUUCCAUAUGAGCUGACACAGUGGACACUUCUGCACCAUCCCAUAAUAAUACACUGACAUUCACACCAUCACUGUAACUGUGCUGUUCUAGAUAAAUCUGUUGUGCAGUCACAUGUUUGAGGGUAAAGCAACUGAUAAUAAAAACUGGGAAUGUGAUAAAAUGUGAGAAAACAUCAGAUUAGCUGCAUUAAAAUGUUUUUAUUUUAUAGUUUUCACACAGUGUAUUAUUUUCUGAUAUGUA